AUGCCGUCAGCCGGAAUCAGACAGCCGCUGGACAUUGCCAUAGCUGGAGGUGGCAUCGCAUCUAUGUGUUUGGCUCGAGCACUGGGCGACAUCCCUAAUCUGCGUGUGCAGAUCUUCGAAGCGAGACAAGAUCCAGGCGAAGAUGGCCAGGCGUUUGGAUUAGGAAGUAAUGCCCAGAGAGCGCUCGAAUUAAUGGAUCCAAUACUACGGAGUGCAAUAGAUCGUGCAGGAGGUGUGCGGAUGGACCCAAGUGCGAGGGUCAUGAUGGCUUCUCCUGGGCAAGGACACGGCGAGUGGAUUGCAGAUAUUGGCCAUGAAAUCCCGCAAAUCAUCGUCGGUCGUGGGGCGUUUCAAAGAGAGCUACAAAAGACCAUCAGCCACAUUCCCAUCCAUACGGGCCAGCGCAUCAUCAAAGUCGAAGACCAAGCAGCCUCCAGUACUGGUAAUCCUUGUCAAGUGAAGAUACAUCUCGAGGACGGCUCAUCACGGAUUGUGGACGCCGUCAUUGGUUGUGAUGGUGUCAACAGUGUCGUCCGAACGGCUGUUCUCUUGCCCGAGCAUCCUGAAUCUGUCAAAUCCUCUCGCAGUGGCUCUUACCACUCCAGGACGAUCAUUCCAAUUCAAGACGGGAUCAACGCCUUUGGCGAUGAGUAUUGCAAGCUCAAAGUCCAAAACAUCUGGAUUGGGAACGGCUGUGUCGUGUUGACGGAUCGAUUUGAUGACGGGAAGAAGAUGCAGUUAAUCACGAACUUUGGGGGGAAAAGAACGUGGGAUCGAGAAGAGGACUGGGGUGUUCUGGAUGGAGAGGUGUUGAAGCAAGACUUGGCGAUGGAGUUUGGCGAUUUUGGGAAAGAAGUCUGGGCAGUAAGGGGCUUGCAAUGGAGUGGGAAUCCAUGUUAUCAAUGCGCUGAUUGUUCCCUCAAGGCUCACCAACGCCACGCAAAGAUCUAUGCAGGCGCGGUAAAGACGCAUGUACAGACACCGACGUACGCGAAAGGAAACAUGUGUCUGCUCGGCGACGCAGCUCAGACCAUAUCUCCUGCCCAGGGGGCCGGCGCAGGUCAAGCGAUCGAAGAUGCUCUGGCGCUAGCUACCGUAAUGGCUUUCGUCCAGUCGCCAGAAGACAUUGCCAAGGCCUUUCAGGUGUACGAUAGCGUACGUAGGCCGAGAAGAUCGGACGUAGCAAGAUCAAGUGGCGAGGCAGGCCUGUUCCUUCGUGGCAGGCUAGAGGGCGUUGGACUGGACAUGGAGAAGAUGAGGCAAUAUCUGAGUAAAUGGGCGGACAAUGUACAUAACUAUGAUGCUGCGAAAAUGGUUCAAGAGUUGAAAGAGAGGAUGAGGUAG